CACACACACCCCUCCCCAGCAAUCUCCUUUCAGAUAUUCUCAAAGACUGGAGUACAAGUGUGGCUGGCUGUUCCCAGGGUUUCCCAGCAUGGGUGCAUCCCACAGGAACUCCAGGCAGACUCUGGGCGUCCUCUUGCACCUGGUGUGCUCCUGCUUUGGGAUCAGCUCCAUCGAUAUCGACCGGCCGGGGGACGGGAGAUGCCAGGCCAUCGAAAUCCCCAUGUGCAAGGACAUUGGCUACAACAUGACCCGCAUGCCCAACCUGAUGGGCCACGAGGACCAGCGCGAGGCGGCCAUCCAGCUGCACGAGUUUGCCCCCUUGGUGGAGUACGGGUGCCACGGGCACCUGAAGUUCUUCCUGUGCUCCCUCUACGCCCCCAUGUGCACCGAGCAGGUCUCCACCCCCAUCCCAGCCUGCCGGGUGAUGUGCGAGCAGGCCAGGCUGAAAUGCUCGCCCAUCAUGGAGCAGUUCACCUUCAAGUGGCCUGACUCCUUGGACUGCAGCAAGCUGCCCAACAAAAACGACCCCAACUACCUGUGCAUGGAGGCCCCCAACAACGGCUCGGAAGAGCCCCCCCGGGGGUCCAGCAUCUUGCCCCCCAUGUUCCGGCCGCAGAGGCCGCAGAGUGCCGGCCAUGACCUGCAGCAGCAUAAAGACAGCCUGGGCCGGGCCACCUGUGAAAACCCCGGCAAGUUCCACCAUGUGGAAAAGAGUGCUUCCUGUGCUCCCCUCUGCACCCCCGGGGUGGACGUCUAUUGGAGCCGGGACGACAAGCGGUUUGCCGUCAUCUGGAUCGCUGUCUGGUCCAUCCUCUGCUUCUUCUCCAGCGCUUUCACCGUCCUCACGUUCCUGAUUGACCCCCAGCGCUUCAAGUACCCAGAGAGGCCCAUCAUCUUCCUCUCCAUGUGUUACUGCGUCUACUCGGUGGGCUACAUCAUCCGCCUCUUCUCCGGGGCCGAGAGCAUCGCCUGUGACCGGGACAGCGGCCAACUCUACGUCAUCCAGGAAGGCCUGGAGAGCACCGGCUGUACCUUGGUCUUCCUCGUCCUCUAUUAUUUCGGCAUGGCCAGCUCUUUGUGGUGGGUGAUCUUGACUUUGACAUGGUUCCUAGCUGCCGGGAAGAAAUGGGGCCAUGAGGCCAUCGAAGCCAACAGUAGCUACUUCCACUUGGCGGCCUGGGCCAUCCCGGCGGUGAAAACCAUCAUGAUCUUAGUGAUGCGGAGGGUGGCGGGGGAUGAGUUGACGGGCUUAUGCUAUGUGGGAAGUAUGGAUGUGAAUGCCUUGACCGGAUUCGUCUUGGUCCCGUUGGCUUGCUAUCUCAUCAUUGGGACCUCUUUCAUCCUUUCCGGCUUCGUGGCCCUCUUCCAUAUCAGGCGGGUGAUGAAAACCGGUGGGGAAAACACAGACAAGUUGGAGAAGCUCAUGGUGAGGAUUGGGGUCUUCUCCGUCUUGUACACGGUGCCGGCAACUUGCGUCAUCGCCUGCUACUUUUACGAGCGGCUGAAUAUGGAUUACUGGAAGCUCUUGGCCACGCAGCACAAGUGCAAGACGAGCAACCAGACGAAGCUCUCGGACUGCACCAUGGGCGACUCCAUUCCGGCGGUGGAGAUUUUCAUGGUCAAAGUCUUCAUGCUGCUGGUGGUGGGGAUCACAAGCGGCAUGUGGAUCUGGACCUCCAAGACUCUCCAAUCCUGGCAAGGCGUUUGCAGUCGGAGACUCAAGGAGAGGGCUCGGAGAAAACCCGCCAGUGUGAUUGCUAGCGGUGGACUUUACAAAAAAAGCCAACAGCUCCCAAAAGGCCACCAUACGAAAUAUGAGUCGGCUUUGCAGCCCCCGACCUGUGUGUGAACAGAAUGUAUCAUAGUAAUAAUAAUAAUUAAUAAUAA